AUUUGGUUCUGACUUGAAUGACUACGAAUACUUAAUCAUAAUACUCGAAUAGAAAGUGCUAAAGUUUAUGGAAAUGUUUGCGUAGUUUUGUUGCAAAAUAUAUUUCUUAUACACUUCACGCGACAAGAAAAGUGUAAAUGACUUCAGUUUCAAGACAACUUAAAGAAAACGAGUAAAAGUUAGAUCAUGGCAGCUCUGCCCCAAGGACACUCUUUACCAUCAUUUGCCAUGCAAAAUAACGCCGACUCCAAUAUUUAUCCCACUAUGGUAAAAGAAGAAAGACCUGGUCACGAAGCUUUUAUAAAUGAAAAUUUUCCUGAAGACCCUAGACAAUGGUCAUGCCAAGAUGUUCGUAACUGGUUAGAAUGGAUGGCUUGUACCUAUAGUAUCAGAAACAUAGAUGUUUUACGCUUUCAUAUGAAUGGCAAAGCUUUAUGCCUUAUGACUCUAGAUAUGUUUUUAUAUCGCGUACCUUGUGGCGGAAAUUUACUAUAUCACGAUUUUCAGAGCCGAUUGCAAAGAACAGUUCAUGGGGAUAGGUAGUACGACUGUUCAAUGAUUUAUGUAUUUUUAUUAUUUGAAGAGAGAUUUCAGAAUACUUUAUUUUAACAAAAUAAUUUAAUUCGUUAAUUCGUAUUGUCGAACAACUUUAUUGAAUUCGUUGUGCAAAGAAAAUUGGCUCACACCCUACGCUAUAUUUAUUUGUAAAAGUAUUUGGUACAAAUUUAAAUAGUUCAAUUGUACAUAAUAUGCUUUAGUAUAUUGGUAUAAAUAAAAUGAAAAUAUUGUUGUCAGUUUUUUAAAA